ACUUAAUACUGCAAGCGAUCACUAUUGUAAAGGAGAGGACACAAAAAUUUUUAUUGUGUUAUGGGACAUGUUCCUGAUAUUAUUGGGAAGCAAGAGAGAUCCACUAGACAGACUGAAAGUGGACGAUCUUGGUGAGUCAAAAGGAUUGUUGUCAAUUUGACUGAUUAAAAAAAAAUUAAUAAAUAUCUUUUCAUUUUAAACCAUCUGGACCAUAGAACUGACUGAUUCCUUGUGUUAUUGUAUAAUUAUAGAUAGUUGCAUGAUACAUUCAUUAUUUAAAAUAAAAAGGUCUGAAAGAAAUAAUAGUAUUGUCAUAUGGACUAGUAUUUUUGUGCAAGUGUACAGAUUUUGUGCCUAUAACCUAUAACAGAAAAUCAGUAUUAGGCAUUGCCUGAAAGAUUGCAUACCGAACUAUAGUUUGCACAUUUUUUGGAUAUAGAGUUUUAUAUGAAAAUAUGUUGUACAAUUUUAGAUUCAGAAGAAGAUGAUAUUCAACUUUAUAUAGAUGUAGAAGAAUGCAUGUCGAGAUUUGAGGAUAUUUUAACAAAGUAAGUGUAAUUUGACAUUAAAUGCUCACAUAUGAAAAUGUGGUCAAUAUAAUCACACUGUAGUUUUUUAAGUAGUCUAAAGCAACAUAUAAGCAUAUUUUAAAUAUAUAGAUCCUUGGAUUUUUUUCUCAAAAUCUAUUGUUAAAUUUUCUAUGAGGCAUUACUUUAAAAAAAAAAAUAUAUAUAUAUAUAAUGGUCUGAUUUAGUAGAACACAUUAUGGAAGAAUCAAUAUGUAUAGGUUUGAUUUAAAAUAAGUUUGAAAUGAAUUUAAUGGAAGAAAAUGAAUCAAUAGAAAUAUAAAAGUAAAUUAAAAUAAAAUUGAUGAAUAUGAAUAAUAUCUUUUUACAUAGCUAAUAACAGAAUAAUCUCAUAUUUAAAUAUCUACUGAUUUGAAAGAAUAUAUUAUGAGCGUUCGCGAUUUAAAAGAGAAGGGGAAACCAUUGGGAAAAUAUCUACUCUGUCUUUAGCAUCAAAAUACACUUGUUAUCUUUUCCAGUGUGUGCCAAGAUGAUGAUGCUGUUGAGAUUAUGGAUCGGUCCAGAAUGAUGGAGGGAACAAAGAAACAUGCCGGAUUAUUCACCGAUAUGGGCCUGUCAAAAACUAAAACAACUGGAAGAGACGAGACCUAUAAUCAGCUCGUGAGACAUAAUUAUUAAAGGACUUGAGAACUGAG